UCCACGCUAGCGGCAACACCAGCGGCGGGGAGUCCGUCAAAGGUGUUGCCAUGGUGAUGGCUGUGGAGGACAGCAUGGUGCAGGUGGUGGUGCGGGUGCGACCCCCCACCCCUCGGGAGUUGGAGAGUCAGCGGUGGCCUGUGGUUCAAGUCCUGGAUGAACGGGUGCUGGUGUUUGACCCUGAGGAACCUGAUGGGAGCCUCAAAUGGGGUGGUAUCCAUGACGGCCCCAAGAAGAAGGGCAAGGGCCUGACAUUUGUCUUUGACCGGGUCUUUGGUGAGAAGGCCACCCAACAGGACGUGUUUCAGCACACCACAAGCAGAAUCCUGGACAGCUUCCUCCAGGGCUACAACUGCUCAGUGUUUGCCUAUGGGGCUACUGGGGCUGGGAAGACACACACCAUGCUGGGAAAGGAGGGGGACCCUGGCAUCAUGUACCUGACCACCAUGGAACUGUACAAGCGUUUUGAGGCCUUCCAGGAGGAGAAGCAAUUCGAGGUGCUCAUCAGUUAUCUGGAGGUGUACAAUGAACAGAUCCAUGACCUCCUGGAGCCCAAGGGACCCCUAAUCAUCCGCGAGGACCCUGACAAGGGGGUGAUGGUGCAAGGACUUUCUUUCCACCAGCCGACCUCAGCUGAGCAGCUACUGAAGAUGCUGACCAGGGGGAACCACAACCGUACCCAGCACCCCACAGAUGCCAAUGCUACUUCCUCCCGCUCCCAUGCCAUCUUCCAGAUCUUUGUGAAGCAGCAGGACCGAGUCCCAGGACUGACUCAGGCCCUACAGGUGGCCAAGAUGAGCCUGAUUGACCUGGCUGGCUCAGAGCGAGCAUCCAGCACCCAUGCCAAGGGGGAGCGCCUGCGGGAGGGUGCCAACAUCAACCGUUCUCUGCUGGCCCUCAUCAAUGUCCUCAAUGCCCUGGUGGAUGCAAAGGGCCGCAAGUCUCAUGUGCCCUAUCGAGACAGCAAACUGACCCGCCUGCUGAAGGACUCCAUUGGGGGCAACUGCCGCACAGUGAUGAUUGCUGCCAUCAGCCCCUCUAGCCUGUCCUACGAGGACACUUACAACACCCUCAAAUAUGCUGACCGGGCCAAAGAGAUCAGACUCACGCUGAAGAGCAACGUGAUCAGUCUGGACAGUCACAUCAGCCAGUAUGUCACCAUCUGCCAACAGCUCCAGGCUGAGGUGGCCUCCCUAAGGAAGAAGCUUCAAGCGUAUGAGGCAGGAGCCCAGGCCCCACAGCAGGGUCUCCCACAGUCCCCCAAGUUGAGCCCUCAACAGCAACACCUUCCUAGCUCCCCUUUAGUGUCCCGUCCCCGCAGCCAGCCCUGGACCCCAGAACUCCACAUGGGAUCUGGAGAUCUUCAAGAGGGGAGCCUAGGGACAGAGGCCCAGGAACAGAGGGUCAUAGAAGAAAGCUCUUCAGACCAGGAGCAGACCCCAGAGGACAAGGACGAAGACCCUACUGAGGUUCCAACCCAGACACUGGAGCAGAACCUCAGACCCCCACUGUCAGAGUCUGCUGGUUUGACCCCGCAGCCUAAGCCGGUGGCCAGCCACCUAUCACCACAGAACCUGGAUGGGGACCGUUCUAAGCAGUUGGCCCUGCAGGUGCUGUGCCUGGCCCAGAAGCAGUAUUCCCUGCUCCAGGCAGCCAACCUCCUGACUCCUGACAUGAUUACUGAGUUCGAGACCCUGCGGCAGCUGGUGCAAGAGGAGAAAGCCGAGCCUGGGGACAAGACCUCCAGGACUCCUGGCCUGUCUGGGAGGGCCCCUCUGACCCAGGAGCUGUGUUCAGCCUCAAAAUCUCCAGGGUACUGUGGCCCUGUGACCCGAACAAUGGCAAGAAGAUUGAGUGGCCUCAUGCACCCUCUGGGGAUCCCAUCUGAGCCUGAUGGCACCCUAGCCUCAGCAUCCCAACAGCCCACAGAGAAGAAGAAGAAGAAGAAAAGAAAGAGCACAAGCCUCACAGAGCCAGACAGUCCCCUAGCCCCAAAGCUGGCGACCAAGCGCCAGCGCCAGUCUUUCCUACCCUGUCUGAGGAGAGGGUCUCUGCCUAAGGCUCAGCCUUCAUGUGGGCCCAGCACCCCCAAAGGGGCAAGGGCCUCCUCCCCCUGCCAUUCCCCUCGCUUCUGCCCAGCUACAGUCAUCAAAAGCCGGGUGCCCCUGGGCCCUUCUGCUAUGCAAAACUGCUCCACCCCUCUACCUGCUCGUGACCUGAACACCACUUUUGAUCUCUCUGAGGAACCCCCAUCAAAACUCAAUUUCCAUGAAUUUGUUGGCUGGGAGAAUGUCCCCCAGGAACUGAACCGGCUGGACCAGCCCUUCAUUCCCAGUGAACCUGUGCUCCUGCUUACCAUGAAAGGCCCCAAACCAACGUCUUCCCUCCCUGGAAACUCAGCCUGCAAGAAGAAGCGCACCAUGAGUUCCUCAGUCUCCCAGGGCCGCAGCCGCAUCGCCCGCCUCCCCAGCAGCACCUUGAAGAGGCCAUCUGGGCCCCUUGCAAUCCCAGAGCCAUCCUUGAGUCCCCGCUGCCUCAAUGAUCAAAGGACCCAGAAGGAACUGAUUGGGACUGGAGGUGUGCUGUCAGCUGGAAACUGCAUUGCCAAGGUGUCCUGACCUCCAAGCUGUCCAGCUCCUCCAACCCCUCUAGGCUCAAUGCCUUCACUUUGUCCCUGGAGACUCGGACACCAGGAACCCUGACCUUCUUUUCUUACCUUGGAAAAAUUUAUGCCGACGCACCUUUCCUUUAUUUAACACCCGCCCCAACAAUUCAUUCUGCUA